AUGUUCCAAGCCCUGGAGCAGCUCAGGGACUCAUCUCUCCUCACUGACGUGUCUCUUAGUACUGACGAUGGGCAGCUGCUCCAGGCACAUUCCCCUGUCCUGGCUGCGGUCAGCUCCCUGGUACACCAGAGACUGCCCAAGUGGGAUAAAGUGAUGGAGAGGAGAGAUGCUGACAUACGGCCUGAGAUAUCCAUCAGUCUGGGUCCUGAGGUGGGGAGCGAAGGGCUGGCAGGGGUGCUGGAGUUUGCCUACACUGGGACCAUAGCAGCUCUGAACAGAAACCGCCUGGUCCAAAUAAAGGUUGCAGCUACAACACUAGGGGUCCCCAGAGUUUUAGAACUGUGCUGUGAAGAGGAGGAGAAGAUGAAGACAGUAGAGAUGAGAGCAGAAGAAAGGAAGGUCUCUGCUGAAGAACAGAUGAAACUCAGUCUUCAGUCCAUCAGACAGCUGAGGAAAGAGGGACUGGGCUGUGAUGUGGAGCUGGAGGUCGCUGGGACAUCGUUCCGUGUCCACAGAGUACUCCUGGCUGCCAGUAGCGACUACUUCCGGGCAAUGUUCACUAGCGGGAUGAAGGAAUCCCAGCAGCUCUGUGUGAACCUUCCCUUCCUGGAGGCCUCUGAGUUGGAGGCCCUGAUUAGCUGCACCUACAGUGGGUCGAUCCAACUCAACUGGGGAUGUGUUUUUGAGAUCUCCUGCACUGCCCUCCAGCUCCAGUUCCAGCACAUUCUCUCAAUGUGCCUCAGCUUCUUGGAGAAGGAAAUGAAUGCCCACUCUUGUCUGGAUGUGGCCUCCUUUGCUGAGGCUUAUGGGAUGCAGGAACUUCUUGAGACAGCCAAUAAAUUUGUCCUGAGACACUUUCAAAAUGUGGCGACUACCCCAAAAUUCCAAGACCUGCCAGCUAACAAGCUUAGAAAAUACCUGAAAAGCAAUUCUCUCCUUGUAACCUCAGAGCUUGUGGUAUUCAAGGCUGUAGCGGUUUGGAUCGAGGCCUGUCCCAGCAAAAGGCUUAGAUUCGCCAAAGAGCUGAUGAAGAGUAUUUUCUUUCCCCUCAUGACUGACAAUGAGUUCAAGGAAGUUAAAACCGCAAAACUGUGGACUCAAUGCAACACAAAACGUCUUUACCAGACUAUACUGGAGGAUUUUCACUCCUAUUAUAUUGCACCUCGGACCCUGUGUAGAGUCUACCAGCCCAAGGAUAGUCUGGUCUUGGUGGGUGGAGACCAGAUCUCGGCCGACCUCAGCCGGCAAAACCCCAGCCGAGAAUUAUGCUUUGCUAGACCCUUGGAUAUGACCCUGAGUUGCCAUGCUGCCACAGUUUUGGAUGGAAAGAUCUUCAUUUCAGGGGGAUAUCAUCAGAGGUACCGGUGUCUGACAUCUAUGUUCACAUAUCACCCUGAGAGAGGAACCAUCUACCUGGCAGACAUGAGGCAGCCCCGAGCCUAUCAUUGCAUGGAGACUUUGCAUGGGCAUCUUUACGUGGCAGGAGGAAUCACUCUGGAUGAAGACAAGACAUCUAUCGACCAGCUGACCUGCGAGGUCUACGAUCCAGUUACUGACACCUGGAGCGCCUUCACGAACCUGCCCAUCCCCCAUGUUGGGGCUGCCUCUGUGGUUCUGGAGGGGAUGUUCUAUGUACUGGGAGGAUACUUCAAAGACAACUACAGGGAGACCAGACUGGUGCAUCGUUAUGAUCCCAUGCUCCAGUUUUGGGAGAACAUGGGCGUGAUGCCCGGGCCCAACACUGACAUACGAGCAUGUUUGAUCCAUUUGCCGAACCACUUGAGAAAAUGUCAGAAUAUUUGA